AGGCAGGCAGGCAGGCAGGCAUACUGAGAGACAGACAGGCAGUCGGCGGAGCCGUGGUACCUCAGCCAGCCAGAGCCCGGAGGCGGCCGGUGGGAGGAGGCACCGAGUCCGCAGCUGCCGCCCCGACCAGCUCCGUGACAGCCGAGAGGAGCGAGCCACGCGCAGCAUGUCUACGGAGCGGCAGUCUGAACGCCGCGACCUCGGCGCGUCGGGAGAGCAGACGGCGGCAGACGCGCAGACGGCAACGGCGGGCGGCGGCGGCAUGGUGUCCAUACCGGAGUACUACGCCGGCAAGAGCGUGCUCAUCACCGGGGCGACGGGCUUCAUGGGCAAAGUGCUGGUGGAGAAGCUGCUGAGGUCGUGCCCAGAGGUCAAGGCCCUGUACCUGCUGGUCAGACCCAAAGACGGCCAGUCCAUGCAGCAGAGGGUCAGCGACAUGAUAACCUGCAAGCUUUUCGACCGUGUGCGUGAGGACGACCCCGACUUCCACCGGAAGAUCUUCCCCGUCAGCAGCGAGCUGACGCAGCCCGGCCUCGCCAUCGGCCCGCAGGACGUGGAGAAGCUCUCGGCCUGCGUCAACGUCAUCUUCCACUGCGCCGCCACCAUCCGCUUCGACGAGCCGCUCAAACACGCCCUGCAGCUGAACGUGAUCGCCACGCAGCAGCUCCUCGGCCUGGCCAAGCGGAUGCCCCACCUGGAGGCCUUCGUCCACAUCUCCACCGCCUACGCCAACUGCAACCGCAAGCACAUCGACGAGGUCAUCUACCCGCCGCCCGUCGAGCCCAGGAAGCUCAUCGAGUCCAUCGAGUGGUUGGACGACAGCAUCGUGCGCGACAUCACGCCGCGGCUCAUCGGCGACCGGCCCAACACGUACACCUACACCAAGGCGCUGGCCGAGUACCUGGUGCAGCAGGAGCAGGAGCAGCUGGACAUCGCCAUCAUCAGGCCCUCCAUCGUGGGCGCCACCUGGCAGGAGCCGUUCCCUGGUUGGAUCGACAACUUCAACGGACCGAGUGGAGUCUUCAUCGCCGCGGGAAAGGGGAUCCUGCGGACCAUGAGAGCCAACAUCGACGCGGUGGCGGACCUCAUCCCCGUGGACGUGGUCAUCAACCUCAUGCUGGCUGCCGGCUGGUACACCGCCGAGCGCAGGUCAAACAGACCUAAGACGGCGGUGGUGUUCAACUGCACGUCCGGCGGCAUCAACCCGUUCCACUGGGGAGAGAUCGAGCACCAUGUGAUGUCGUCCUUCAAGAGGAACCCGCUGGAGCAGGCUUUCCGGAGGCCCAACGCCAACAUCACCUCCAACUACCUGAUCAACCAGUACUGGAUCCUGGUCAGCCACAAGUUCCCCGCCCUCAUCUACGACCUCGUCCUCCGUCUCUCUGGACAAAAGCCGCAGAUGAUGCGCAUCUUCAAUCGUCUGCACAAGGCCAUCGGCCUGCUGGAGUAUUUCAGCAGCCAGGACUGGGAGUGGAACUCUGAGAACAUGAGCAUGCUGCUGAGCCAGCUCACCCCCGAGGACAAGAAGACAUUUAACUUUGACGUGCGCCAGCUGAACUGGCCCGAGUACAUCGACAACUAUUGCAUCGGCACCAAGAAGUACGUCCUGAACGAAGACAUGUCCGACAUUCCUGCAGCCAGGCAGCACCUGAGGAAAUUGAGGAACAUCCGCUACACCUUCAACACCCUGUUGGUCGUCUUCAUCUGGAGGGUGUUCAUCGCUCGCUCCCAGAUGGCCAGAAACAUCUGGUACUUUGUGGUCAGCCUCUGUUUCAAGUUCCUCUCCUACUUCCGCGCAUCCAGCACCUUAACCAACUGAGUCUUCCUCCGAGACCUCGACCCGGAGACGGCGGUCCUCCUCGCCUGCAGGACGCAGCAUCUGAGACUCUCUUGACUGACGGACACUCCAAAGUCCUCCGUCGUGUGCGGAUUGGCUGGGCGCUCUCCACCGUGGAGGCUGCGGCUGCGUGAAGCACUCGGGAGGGAGAUCGGAGAUCUACUAGCCAUGAAUGAUUUGUUUGGUUCUUAAAUACGUCGUUGUUCGGGCACCAGAACCGCCCCCCUGUCCGAAAGAAAAAAUGUCUUCAUUCGUUUUUGUACCUUUUUUCUUCUCAACGUGGCCAAUUAUAUAUGCAACAAAAAAAAGCCUUUCGUUUGACUCGUUUGACGUCGUCAUUUCCAUCCACUUUUUUGUUUCCUACUUGAAAUUCGGGGAGGAUUUCUAUAAAAUCAUCUUGUUUUCUACCGUUGGGGAUAUCCAACUCCUCUCUUUAGUGAUUUCACUAACAUGCAUUAAGUGUAUCUACUGCCCUUUUAAGAUUACACCCCAAACGAGCCCGUGGCUUUCUGUCUCGAGGCCGAUCCUCAGAUGGAGACUCGUAUUAAAGCUAAAUUCUGACCCCUGUUAUCUGUCCUGCUGUCGAGGUGGUCACUUCUUUGAUAUCACAAACAACAAUGUCAGUGUGUGAACAUAAACCUUGUUUGUUUGAAUGCUCCUCCACUUUUUUGCCUGUUUGUACAGCAGUUUGUACUGGAACUAAGUUUACUCCUUUUAGAUAUUUAUACUUGGGUCAAAGGCAAGUGGGAUAUAUGUGGCAGACCUUUGCAGUGUAUUAUAUAUAAAUUGGAGAACAUCGGAGCUAUACUAAUGGAAGCUACUCUAAUAAAGUUUAUUUGUACAGCC